ACGUAGUGAAUGGGUGGUGGCUGCGGGGACUCCGGAAGCCCACCUUUAACCCGGAAAUGGUUGUUGGGGAAUAUGGCGUUGGUGGUGCGAGUCCUUAAGAAGCAGACUAGCAUUUCCCAGUGGGUUCCAGUAUGCAGCCGAUUGGGACCUGUGUCUCCUACCCAAGGACAGUGGGGCAGGACUCUGUCUGGUACUUCCCAGUGGCCCCAGAUGAGCCAGUCUCAAGCAUUUGGUGGAACAGGAGAGAUUCCUGGAAUAGACAUACCCCUGAGUAAGAAGUAUCACACUACAAAUAAGCUUCCUGCUACUAAGGAUUCCCCACAGCCUGUUGAGGAGAAGGUUGGUGCCCUCACAAAGAUAAUAGAAGCCAUGGGAUUCACAGGACCUUUGAAAUACAGUAAAUGGAAGAUUAAGAUUGCAGCCCUGCGCAUGUAUACUAGCUGUGUGGAGAAAACUGACUUCGAGGAAUUCUUUCUAAGGUGUCAGAUGCCCGAUACAUUCAAUUCAUGGUUUCUUAUUACUCUACUUCAUGUCUGGAUGUGUCUAGUCCGAAUGAAGCAGGAAGGCCGGAGUGGGAAAUACAUGUGUCGUAUCAUAGUUCAUUUUAUGUGGGAGGAUGUUGAGCAGCGGGGCAGAGUCAUGGGGGUCAAUUCCUAUAUCCUGAAGAAGAACAUGGUCCUCAUGACAAAUAAUUUCUAUGCAGCAAUCUUAGGAUAUGAUGAGGGCAUCCUUUCAGAUGAUCAUGGGCUGGCUGCCGCACUCUGGAGAACCUUCUUCAACCAGAAAUGUGAAGACCCUCGACAGCUUGAAUUGCUAGUGGAAUAUGUGAGGAAACAGAUGCAGUACCUGGACUCCAUGAAUGGUGAGGAUCUGCUUCUGACAGGGGAGGUGAGCUGGCGCCCUCUAGUGGAGAAGAAUCCUCAGAGCAUCCUGAAGCCCCAUCCCCCCACUUACAAUGACGAGGGCCUUUGAUGGGCUGGUCCCUCUAGACAGCUGGCUGGCUGGCUUUGAGAAACCGCCAGGAGAGAAGUGCCUGUUUGACCCAAGACCCCACAGAAAGUGGCCUGAACUGAGCUUUGAACAGCAUCUGUCAAAUAUCUGGCCCCAUUUGUGUUGAGUUUCCUUGUAAUGUGCCCAGGAUCUGAUCUGUUUGGGUACAGUGCUGGGGGAACCCAUAGCUCUUCUGGGGUGUCCUCUCCCUCAGGAGAAGCCCUGAGCAGGAGCUCCCCACCACACACUCCUCAGGUCCCUUCAGCAACCAUGUGUGGUUGACAGCUUUUCCCAAAGGCUAAAGAAGGGAUGCAGUAGGUUAGAAAGAGGACACCUCCAUCAAGGGCUGACUGUGGCCUGGAGCAGUUUGUAGUACUGCUGAGUCAACACGGGUAGCCAUGCUCUGUCCCCCAGCUUUGAGCUAUGGGGGUUGAGUUGGCCAUUAAAGGAAACACAGGCUUAUCUCUGCCGUGGCUCUUUUUCUUCCAGGGUCUUUUAGAAACUUAUCUGAGAUGGUGGAGGCCACAAGCUAAGGAGUACUGCCCAACUCAGUUAGAGACAGGGAGAGGGAAGAGGGCAGGAGGGUUUCUGCUGCAGCUCUUGCCUCCAGUUCUUGGAGAUGUGUCACUGCUCUGGCCAAGGCACCGCCUGCCAGGCCUGUCUGGAACCCAGUAGGCCUCUGAAGGCCAAGGAGCUUGUCAUAUCCUAAGUCAUUUAGAAAGAAGCCUCAAGAACAAAGGUUCCUUUGUCACCUCCAAUGAACUGGGUGAGGAACAUGCUGUCUUUCCUUUCUUGGCCUCCCCUUAUAUGAGAUAUUGGGGAGAAGAGAACAUUCUUCCUGGCUUAGUUGUAUUGUCCCAGGACCAGCCCCGUGCCCAGCUUUCUACCCACUUCCCUACUUCUGGAGCAUGUGCCACAGAGCCACCCUGGUCUGUGCACUGGAGGACCAGUCCCCUUUUCCCUCUGAAUGUGGGUCAUCUCUUGGGGGAUUUUCUUAAAUUGAAGAAAGGGGGUGGGGAACCAUAUUGCCCCUCCCUCCCCCAUCAAACUUUCUUCAUUUAACUUGCUAUAAAAUGAGUCAUAUAAAGAAACUCUAUAUGGGUGAGGUAUAUCCCACUUCUGUGAAAACAUUACAAAUCAAACCACCUUCUCUCAGUUUAUUUAAGAUGCUUUUGUUGCGAGCGGAGCUCUAGAGUGAAGCCUCCUCUGUGUGUGUGAGAUAAUAACACCUUGUAACUCAUUACAGCUGGGCACUAUUUACAUAAACCAGAGCUGAGCCAGGCAGGAAUUUGCUGAUUAAUUUAUUUUUAAUGGAGUGAAGUAUACCAUGCACCAAAAUAAACUUUACUGUGUGUACCUAACUGCU